GUCGUCGUCGGCGAACGUCGAACGUGGAAAGAGGACAGAAAGCUUUCUCAAUGCAAAAUUUUCCGAUUGUUAUUUUGUGUUUGCGACGGUAGAAAGUAUUGAAGAAAAUUGAUUUAUAUUGGAGAAAAUUAAGAAGUUGCAGCCAUGGAGCAUGUGGAGCUAUACGAAAUUCUUGGAGUGGAUAAAAAUUCAACAGAUGCAGAAAUUAAAAAGAAUUAUCGUAAAUUAGCUAAAGAAUUUCACCCGGAUAAGAAUCCAGAAGCUGGUGAUAAAUUUAAGGAAAUUUCAUUCGCAUAUGAGAUUCUUUCCGAUCCAGAAAAACGUAAAAUCUAUGAUCGCUUAGGACUGAAAGGCCUGCAAGAGGGCAGUGAUGGAUUCGGUGAUGCCUCCGAGUUCUUUUCGCAUUGGUUUCCUUUCAGUGGAGGUCAUAAUCAUGGUGGAGGCGGUGCCGCCAAUAGUCGUGCCCGCCAAGCAGCGCAAGUUGUGGUAAAGCUAGAAGUGACUCUAGAAGAAGUAUACAAUGGCAACGUUUCCAAGCCUGUUGAAUACAAACGUACUUCCUAUUGUGCCGCAUGCGAUGGUGAAGGCGGGCCUAAGAUGACAGUGGAGCAAUGUAAGGCCUGUAAUGGCACGGGACGUACGGCAAAUUAUUCUUUUAUGGGUGCCUUUGUGAACGCAUUUGAAUCUAGCUGCCCGUCUUGUUAUGGGCGUGGCACCACCAUACCGGAGGGAUUUCGUUGUAUCACCUGUAGCGGCAGUGGUUUGGUGGAAGAGGAGGUAAAGCAUGAAGUGCCUAUAGAGAAAGGUGCGCCAAAUAUGUUAAAAGUACUAUUCCACUCUGCGGGCAAUCAACCGCUUGUCGGUGAACGUGGCGAUCUUAUUGUCGUCUUAGUGCAAGCUGAACAUCCGAUAUUCAUACGGCGCCAGAAUGAUCUCUUCCUGCGCGAUAUACACAUAAAUAUCACGCAAGCGCUAUGUGGAUACGUGCAUUGUUUCCAACACUUAGAUGGACGUACAUUAUGCAUCACAAACAAACCGGGCGAUGUUAUAAAACACAGUGAACUGAGAGUUGUCACCGGUGAGGGCAUGCCUAUGCGCAAUAAUCCCUUCGAGCGCGGAGAUCUUUUCGUCGAAUUCAAUAUUGACUUCCCUGAUGAUAAUUUCGCUACUUUAGAGCAAAUGCAUUUGCUGGAGACGCUCUUGCCGCCUCGUCAACCCUUUACAAUGCCCGAAGAUGCUGAGGAAGUGGUAAUGAUGGAUGUACCACCAUAUGGUGAAGGUGUUCCUGGGGGGGCACAUGGUGGCAUGGAUGAAGAUGACGAUGAUGGUCAACCACAUUUCGAGAGCGUACAAUGCCAAACAGGCUAAAACUGCUUAUACCACCAUACUUAUACAUAAAUACAUAUAUCAUUAUAUAGUGUGUGCGGAUGGAGAUUAUGUGACGGCAUUCAUUUUGAGUAUGCGGUGCAAGAAGGCAGCUGAUCUUACAGAAUCUCUUACCAAUUUAACAAACAAAAAAAAUGUAAUACGAGCAAUGAUAGAAAAAAGUAAUGCAUACUUAUGCAGUGUGCUAUA